AGUGGUUUGGAAACCUGGUGACGAUGGAGUGGUGGAAUGAUAUAUGGCUGAAUGAAGGCUUUGCCCGAUAUAUGGAAUUUGUCUCACUUGAGGCAGUAUAUCCAGAGCUUAAAGUUGAGGACCACUUACUGGACACCUGUUUCGGAGCUAUUGGACGGGAUUCUCUAAAUUCUUCCAGGCCAAUUUCCAGUUUAGCUGAGAACCCUACACAGAUAAAGGAAAUGUUUGAUACUGUGUCAUAUGAAAAGGGAGCAUGUAUUCUCCAUAUGCUGAGGAAUUUCUUGACAAAUGAAGGCUUUCAGAAUGGCAUUAUUCGGUACCUUCGUAGGUUCAGGUAUAGCAAUGCCAGAAAUGAAGACCUGUGGGACAGCCUUAUUAAAACAUGUUCAGAGGAGGAUUUUACAGCAGGAGAAUACUGUUACAGCAGUACACAAGCCACUAAAAAUGCGUAUCGUUUUGCUGGGGAGCAUAUAGACCUGAAGAAAAUGAUGUAUACGUGGACUAUACAAAAGGGCAUACCGCUGAUCACAGUGAAGCGGCAAGGAAGGAAACUGUAUAUUGGGCAAGAGCGCUUCUUAAAGAUAGUCCUGCCUGGUGAUCCCUCAUGGCAUUCACUUCAAAAAGGCAUUGCCUCAUCCUACACCCGCCAGCAGCAUUCUGGAUCGUGCUUGAAGCCUUCGACUAAGACAACGGUGGUAGGUGUUCUCAUCCUGGUGCUGGUGGCCUCCAUGUUUAUGGUCAUCUACUUCCUGCCAGGCUGCACUUUCACCAGAAAAGGCUGCCAGAAGACCAAUUCGACCAUGGACAGCAUCUAUCCCAUUUCCACAAGUGGUGAACGUUUCCCAUGGACCGAGUUGAGGUUACCGCCUAGUGUGCAUCCUGUGCAUUACAAUAUUUCACUCCAUCCCAACCUGGCCCUCAUGACCUUCCAAGGCUGUGUAUCCAUCUUGGUGCAAGUGUUGCAUGAAACAAAGAAUAUUGUCCUUCACAGUUCUGAUAUGAACAUAAGCAAGGUCACUUUUGAAGGUAAAGAGGUCCACGUCCUGGAGUACAAACCUUGGCAGCAAAUCGCCAUCAAAUUUCCAGAAGAUCUUAAGAAGGGACAGUAUGUUUUGAACAUUAAUUACACAGCAAAGCUCUCCAACAGCUAUGAUGGCUUUUACAACAGCUCAUAUGUCGACACAAAUGGUACAAAAAGAGUUUUGGCCGCUACUCAAUUUGAGCCCUUGGCUGCUCGCAAGGCUUUCCCUUGUUUUGACGAGCCAGCUUUUAAAUCAACUUUUACAAUUAAGAUGACCAGAGAACGCAAGUACAUCAGCCUUUCAAACAUGCCCAAG